ACCAUUACUAAUACUGUAGCAGCACUAUCUCAGGGCGACAAUGAGAAUGGCUCAUUCCUUCUUAGUCGAACCGGUGCGAAGGGAGGUCUCUCAGGUCGAGUCGAGUCUCGCUGCGUCGUCACGUCAGUGCCCGAAUGCGAUCAAUUCCAGCGUCAAUAUUUUGUUUGCCCCUUCUAGUUCAUCCUAGCACAAAUUAGUUUCACGUUCCGUGAUAGUCCGCACCGCACUGCACUGCACUGCACCGCACGUGCUCUUGAGAGGUAACUUCCUGUCUCACGCUCUUCCUCUUGAGUCGCGUCAAGGCGUUUCCUCCGUAUGCCUCAGAUUCCCGGUCAAUAGACUAGUUCGUUUCGGAGACCAUGAGCUCCACGUGGCACACAUCGGUUCGUCCAUCUGCUGCCGCAUCAUCCGUCGACCAAUCAGGUCCUCGAUUACCUCGGCGUCGCUCGCUUCGGGCCGCCCUGCCUCUCCGCUCCGCUUUCCUCCUCCAAUUCAGCGUCGCUCUCGUCGCAGUCGCCACUGUCGCAUUCGCCGCGUCGUCGCCUGGAGAUUUCCCGUCCCAGUCUUUACUACGCCGUGCGACAGAAUCCGUCGCAGGCUUAGGCGGAGAAAAUGGGGAGGGUACGGAUCAUUUGUCGCAUGGAUGGGAAAAGCUUUUCUCGUCGUCGCAGCUCCGCGAGCGGGCGACGCCUGUGCGACGAUCCGAGCGACGAUCUUUGGCAAGCGAAUCGCUUCUGAUCGCACAAGCAGAGCCCAGCGAUUCCGUCGCACACGGCGGCGAAGAAAUCGUCGGAUUGGGUCGUCACAGAUCGCGGGAGGUUCGGCGCCUUGAACAGCCAAUCACACGCAGGCAGCUGGCUCCGAUUAGCCUGAGUUACUUCUCCGAAGUUUCGGGAGUAGACGUGAUUAGCGACGAUGGAGGGAAGACGGGGAAGAAGCGGACGGAGCUGCCGAAUUUAGGGUGUAAAGGCGCAAUUUGCCCUGAAUUUUCAGAGUGCGGGCAGGGGAUUCAGGCGUGCUGGAACCCGGAAUUCGUGGACGGGCAGGGGAAUGAUAGCGGGGAAAAAAGGGCAGCUAAGAGAAAGCUGCUGGGGUCAGAAAAACGGGCAGCAUCUGAAACAUUCAGAUGCCCUGCGUUCAAGCCUUGGGAAUGCAUGAUGGGCAUGGUGGUUCUCCCCAACUGCUCCGUUGCUAUAUCUUCAGACGAUGGGCUCCAGGCGUGGGAAGGGGAAGAGGAGGAGGGGGGGCAGGGAGGGGGGGAGGGGGAAGGAGAGGGGGAAGAGGAGGAGGAAGCGGAGGAGGUGGGGGUGGAGGGGGAUGGGAGGGGGGUGCGGUAUGGGGGGGGGAGGGGGUGGGCGGGGCAGGUGGUGGAGCUGAGGGGCGUGUUUGUGGACGGGCGGGGGAGGGUCUUCAACGCCUCGCACCUCUUCUGGCCGGGCGGGUGCGGCAUGCGGGCAGCACUCAGUGAGCCCUUCACAUACCCCGCGUCAACGCCAGUCAUCAUCCAUCCCCUCGCUGUCAACCUUGCAGUUCCGCCGCCCAACUCCGCUUUCCCCACCCCCUCCUCCUCCUCUUCCUCCUCCUCCUCCUCCUCCCUCCCCCACGCCCCUCUCGUCCACCAUCUAGUGCAUCAACUCCCUCUCUUCCUCCCCCUCGCUCCUUUCCUCCCGGAGUUAAUCGCCAGCAAUGCUCGGUUCCUUGUACAAGAGCACAAGUGGCUGCACGCCUUGGCGCCCCAUUUCUUGGGGGGCCACCCCUACCACGCCUCUCUGCUGCCUCAACCCGACGAGCCCACCCACCUGCUGUUUGUCGAGAGGCUCAUUCAGCCAACCUUCCAGCCGUGCGCUCGCCCCUCCCCCUCUCUCCUCGCCUUCCUCCGCUCCCACCACCUCCUCCCCCCCUCGGGCCUCCCCCUCUUCCACGCCAACUGGACGCUCAGGCACCCGCCACCUGUCCCCCUCCCGCCCCCUGGCUCUCCCGUCACCGCUGACGUGGCAGCUGACGUGGCAGCUGCUGCAGAAGGGGCAGCUGCUGCUGAUGUGGCGGAGGGUGAUGGGUUUGCGGGGGUUAGGGAGCUUGUGGGGGAGGAUUGGGUGGUGGUGGUGGCGGUGCCACCUGGCGCGAUGCUAUUGGAUAAGAUGGAGGAGGUGGUGGACGGCAUAAUCCAAGACAACUGGUGGCACGGGCGGGUGGUGUACUUCCAGGGAGGAAUGGCGCUCAAGGAAGCCAGGGCUCUCUUCAGCCGCACGCUGCUCCUCAUCGCCCCACCAGGCGAGGCUCUUGACUUCAUUCUCUUCCUGCCGCCUGCUGCUGUCGUCCUCGAGCUGCAACCCGCCGACCAUCCCUCCUCCUCUCUCCGCACUCUCUCGCACUCCCUCUCCCUCCGCCACCACACUCUCUUCUGCAAGUACCGGAACCUUCCUGGGCAGCCCGAAAAUCUCCUCUGCGGCAGCCUUGGGCUGACCCUCAUCAUGCAGGUUCUCUCAACCGAAGUUUUCUUCAGCCCGGCGCUGCCCGGGGGCAGCCGGGCAGAACGGGCUUCCCUGCGAACAAGCUCCAUCCCAGGGUCUCUAGUCCACGGGCAGGGGCAGGUGAAAAAGUGGCGAGAGUGGGCGACGUGCGUCGGCAACAAGGGCAAGUGGGUCCGAAUUCCGAAACCCCGCACUCUCCCCUGGGAUUACCGGGGAGUGAGCAACAUGUGCGAUCGCCGGUACUUAGACUCUCACCCUACCGGCAUGGCAUAUGCCCGUGUUGCUGACGCAUAUGCGAUGGGACCUGGGGCGACGGAGGAGGGGUGGACGGUGCGGGAGGGGCUUAAGUACGAGUGGGUGGUGAGCCGCAGCACGUGCCAGGCGCCUGAUGUGCCUGAGGAGAUUAAAGCCUUCGAGGGGACAGCUAAGGCGCGGCUUGAGGCGGCUAGGGAGAGGGAGAAGGUCGCACAGUCCCAGCUGGAAAUGGCUGGGGAAGGGAGGGGAGAUGCAGCCGUAGCAGCAGCAGAAGCAGCAAGAAGAGUGGCAGAAGCAGUGGCAGCAGCAGCAGCGGUGGACCUAUCGGACCCCUGGUUACCAUUCAACCCAUCAGUGUUCUGUGAGCGGGUGGGGCGCGGCCGGCGCAUUCUGGUGGUGGGGGACUCGAAGCAGUACCAGAUGGUGGAAUCAUUCCUCAACCUCAUGGCGUGGGGGAGGCAGAAGCCGGCAUGGGACAUGGUGGCUCUUGACGACCACCCCAAGCUAUGUGUUGACAUCUUGGAGAACGACCCUGUCAAGAUGAGCCACGAGUUCUGCCAGUGGUUCACAUUCAACUCUACUGCCUGCCCGGGCCUCAGGAUCGACUAUCUUCGCAACGACCACAUAUCCAUAUUUGAUUCCCGGGGACCCAACUUUGACCGCAUGCCCUGGGCUCUACCCGGUGUGGCCGAUAUCCCCUCUGCAGACAUCAUCGUUUUAAACAGAGGCCAGCACUGGACCCCCACGCCUCUCUUUGUUUCGGGUGUACAAAACGCGCUGCGCUUUGUUCGAUAUAAUUUCCCAGAUAAGCUGAUUAUCUACAGGAACACUCCCCCGGGGCACAACGACUGCGAAAAUUUCGACCACCCGUUGAAGAAGCGGCAGCCGACGGAGAGCCUACCAUAUUACUGGAGGGAUUUACCCGAGCAAAAUCGGCUGGCUAAAGAAUUGGUGGAGCAGGUUGGGGGGGUGUAUUUGGAUGUGGAAGAAGCGGUGGGGCUGAGAGCGGAUGGGCAUCACGGGUUUGCUCCGGAGAGGAAUAAGACUGAUUGUUUGCAUUACUGCUUUCCGGGAGGUGUAGAUAUUUACGCGCAGUCACUGUACAAUGCGCUUUUACGACUACUGCCACCGCCACCUCCUUUAGAGUCAUCUUGAGUUUUUUCAUGGGGGCUGUUCAGACUAGCACUGACCAGCUGGACGGGUUGUCUGUCACGUACUCGAAGACCCCCUACGCACACUGUCGCACGAGUUCAGUUUAGCGGCUUAUAUCUUCGCACACUGUCGCACGAGUUCAAAUAGCGGCUUAUAUCAACGUUGGUACUCAUGUUGAGGGGUUUUUAGAUUGUGUUCAAUGUUCACGACAUCGACUUCGCAUGGAUUGGGCCC